GCAGAGGGAGAAGCAGGCUCCAUGCACCGGGAGCCCGACGUGGGAUUCGAUCCUGGGUCUCCAGGAUCGCGCCCUGGGCCAAAGGCAGGCGCCAAACCGCUGCGCCACCCAGGGAUCCCAGGCUUUCAGCUUCUUUCCAGCUUUUCCCCCAUCAGAAAUGGCUGCAGUGAAUAUCUUUAUAUUCCCAUGUGGGUAUAAAGCAGAAUAGGUGGGUGGAAUGGUAGAAAGCUAUGUUAUAAAAUGGUGAUUGGUUCUGCCACGUUGCCCCACAGUUCCACACACUCCCAUCAGCGGCACCUCUUUUUACACGCCUUUGCCCGAACACUUACUACUUACAGAGGUGUGACUUCUCUUGUGAGACCCUUGAAGGCUGGGUCUGUGUCAGACUUUUGUGAGGAACCCUGAAUACCUUUUCUCCAAAUAGCUGAGUAUAGCUCUUCUUGGCACAGGACCAGCUGUGCAGUCAAUGCUCCCAGUGAGUGUGUGUGUCGGGGGGAUGGUAGAAAAGGCAGCUUCUUGUGAGGUUCUGCCAAGAGGUACCCAGAGAUCGGAGCAGGGAGGUGGUAUAGAUGCCGUCUAACACCAGCAGGACUUUUGUCAGGUGCCGGAUCCUGAGAAGCCCGCAGUGUGGUUUCUGCCCUUCGGAGACCUCCAGGCUAACAGAGGAGGCUAGUUUGCACCAGAGGCUGCAGAGAACUGUGCACGCUCGCCCGCACAUGGGGUUAUUUGACUGUGUGGCUCUGCUCGAAGCACAGUGAUCACUUUAAGAAAGCAUAAGGGAUGCCUGGGUGGCUCAGCGGUUGACCGUCUAUCUGCCUUUGGCUCAGGAUGUGAUCCUGAGAUCCAGGAUCGAGUCCCAUGUCGGGCUCCCUGCAGGGAGCCUGCUUCUCCCUCUGCUUUGUGUCUCUGCCUCUGUGUCUCUCAUGAAUAAAUAAAUCAAUCUUAAAAAAAAAAAAGAAAGAAUAAGAUUUUUUUAAACAGAAUAUAAGUUAAAGUCAUAAAUAUUUCCGAUUUUAUAGAUAUGUAUGUUACAAAUUUAAGGUAAAUGAACACGGGACAAGCACAAAAGAUCACGUACAAACCCUAUAGAGUUUAUAGAUCUCUGGCGCUUCUGGGGAGGGAAGCUCCCUGAGGACAGGAGGAAUGUCUCAGGGGAAUCUCAACUGGACAUUCAUAUAGGAGCAGCGAUAUGGAGAUGUGAGCAUGGUGGCGGCAGAGAAGGUGUGGAACUGGCCCCUCCCCCACUGCCAGCCUCACUAGCGGCUCUGAGGGAUCCAGUGGGGAGUCAUCCCUGCCAGGAGCCUCUGGCCCUGGGGCAGGAAGAGUGUAGGAGUUACAGGGAUAGGUGGGUCCAGAAGGGAAACAGACAGGACUAGGGGCUGGCACAGAAAGGUCAGCAGCAGGAUACAGAGAAGCAUCCACUCCUGGGAGGACUGAGAUGCUAAGGCUUCUUGGAAAGGCUUUGCAGUGCCGCCUGGCCGGGGAGAUGGAACAGCCGCAGGAGAGGCGGCAGCCGUGUCUGUGCACAGUUCUGGGGGUGUGUGUGUUCUAACAGUCUGGCCAGAGGGAGUGGCGAUGGGUGGAUAUGGGGGGUAGAGAACUUCCAGAUCCUGGGCUUACCUGCCAGCCCACCAUGGCACUACUAGAUCAGGCAGUGGGGCUGCUGGCAUUUUCGGAGGUAGGAGGAACUGGCCGCCAACACUUCCCCUUCCAGUGGGAUUCCACCAAGUUGGUUCACUUCAACCAUGUUUCUGGUUCUCUCUUUUCCCUUCUUUGCCAGGGGAGCUGGAAAGGGGACAACAGAGCAGAGUAUGCUGAGCCAGGUUCUUGCACCACAAUUAUUAGGAGAAGGGAGAUCGGGGCUUGCGUGGUGAUAGCAAGGAGAUAAAGGGGCCAGGCUGAACAAGUGUGAGGGCCUGGUAUGUUCUUGACUUCCCUUUCUUCUCCACGCAGACGGAGUCACCAGUGUUAUCAGUUCUGCUUCCUUAUUACCUCAGAUCCACCAACCCAGCACUCCUUCCUAGUCUGGGCUACUGUCAUUUCUUCUCAGGAUUUCUGGGACCGCCUUCUGUGACUGACAGGUCUUUAGCUUUUUGGGCAUGCGGUGUCCCCCCGACACCCCAGCCAUCAGUUCUCCACAGUAUAACUGGAAUUGUCUUUGUAGCAGGCACCGAUUACGUCUCUCCUUUGCUUAAAACCCUUCUGUGGCUUCCCCUUUGCUCGUAGGACAAUUCUCAAACUCUAACCUGACCUGCGGUCCUUUCUCGGGCCUACAAUCCUCUCUGCCUUUCCUCACUAACCCUGUUACACGUUCUCAUGCCACUGUUCUGGCCUUUUUAGCAUUCCUUAAGCCUGCCACACAGCUCUUGUCUCUGUCCUCUGCCAGCAGCACACUCCACUCCCCUGGCCAACUUCUAACAGCCUUCAGGUCUUGGCUGAACUGUGCUUCUUACCUCCAGGAGUGGGUUGGUUGUCCCUCCCAUAACAUCCUUUGUUCCCUCACCGUGCCUCAUCACACCAUGUGUUGGUUGUUGAUGUCCCUGCCUGUCCUGUGAUGUACUGAGAGCUUGGGGGGUGGGGGGGAGCAGGAACCAUUCAUCUUCUCCAUUACGCUGCCAGUGCCUCAUGCAGGACCUGGCUGUCACAGGCAGUCACUAGUGCUGGAUACUGAAUGAACGUAGGCGUUCAGCAGGAUGUACCUGUGCUGGCAAGUAGAAGGCUCAAUAUGGAAGCCCCAGAGGAUAGCGAGAACAGUGAGGAGGUGACUUGGGGCUUAGGUUUGGUGGUUGGCUUUUUCUUCCCUACCUCUCUCCCCACCUUCUAUUUUUUUUAAAAGAUUUUAUUUAUUUAUUCAUGAAAGACACAGAGAAGGAGAGAGAGAGAGAGGCAGAGACACGGGCAGAGGGAGAAGCAAGCUCCAUAUAGGGAGCGUGUCAUGGGACUCAAUCCCGGGUCUCCAGGAUCAGACUCUGGGAUGAAGGUGGCACUAAACACUGAGCCACCGGGGCUGCCCCUAUUUUUCUUUUUUUUAAGAUUUUAUUUAUUCAUGAGAGACAUUUAGGGAGAGAGGCAGAGACAUAGGCAGAGGGAGAAGCAGGCUCUAUGCAAGGAUCCCGAUGUGGAACUCAGUCCUGGGACUCCGGGAUCACGCCAUGAGCCGAAGGCAGACGCUCAACCACUGAGCCACCCAGGCAUCCCUCUCCUCGCCUUCUAAAGUGACUGGACAGGGCAGAUUUGGAUGGCUGAGAAGAUACCCAAAGGACAGAGAUUCAGACUUCCAAGAUGAUGACCACGUGCUCAGGUGGCCUUCCUCCAGGGAGAAAGGAAAGGGCAAGAGAAUCUCAAGACAGACCUGGUACGGCGGAUCAAGAUGUUGGAAUAUGCACUGAAACAGGAGAGGGCCAAAUAUCAUAAAUUGAAGUUUGGAACAGACCUGAACCAAGGGGAGAAGAAACCAGAAUUGGCAGAACAAGUCUCCAAUGGCCCUGUGGAGUCGGUCACCCUGGAGAACAGCCCGCUGGUGUGGAAGGAGGGGCGGCAGCUUCUCCGACAGUACCUGGAAGAGGUGGGCUACACGGACACCAUCCUGGAUAUGCGGUCCAAACGCGUGCGCUCCCUACUGGGCCGCUCAUUGGAGCUCAACGGGGCUGUGGAGCCCAGUGAAGGGGGCCCCAGGGCCACACCAGGCCCCGGGGGCCUCAGUGGCGGUGAAUCCCUGCUGGUGAAACAGAUUGAAGAGCAGAUCAAGAGGAAUGCAGCAGGCAAAGAUGGCAAAGAACGCCUGAGUGGUUCGGUGCUGGAGCAGAUCCCCUUCCUGCAGAAUUGUGAGGACGAGGACAGUGAUGAGGACGAUGAGCUGGACAGCGUACAGCACAAGAAGCAGCGUGUGAAGCUUCCCUCCAAAGCCCUAGUGCCCGAGAUGGAGGACGAGGACGAGGAGGAUGACUCUGAGGAUGCCAUCAAUGAGUUCGAUUUCUUGGGCUCAGGAGAGGAGGGGGAGGGCUCCCCAGACCCUCGACGGUGCACGGGAGAGGGGACCCACCAUGAGCUGGAAAGCCGGCGGGUCAAACUCCAAGGCAUUUUGGCCGACCUUCGGGAUGUGGAUGGGCUGCCCCCUAAAGUGACUGGUCCCCCUCCUGGCACACCCCAGCCCCGGCCACACGAAGGUUCCUUUGGCUUCUCCUCAGACGUUUUCAUCAUGGACACUAUCGGGGGCGGGGAGGUGAGCCUGGGGGACUUGGCAGAUCUCACCGUCACCAACGACAACGACCUCAGCUGUGAUCUCUCUGACAGCAAAGAUGCCUUUAAGAAGACAUGGAACCCCAAGUUCACUCUCCGCUCACACUACGACGGCGUGCGCUCCCUGGCUUUCCACCACAGCCAGUCUGCCUUGCUCACCGCCUCUGAAGAUGGCACACUGAAGCUCUGGAACCUACAGAAGGCUGUCACAGCCAAGAAGAAUGCUGCACUAGAUGUGGAACCUAUCCAUGCCUUCCGGGCUCACAGGGGUCCUGUAUUGGCAGUAGCCAUGGGCAGCAAUAGCGAAUGCUGUUACAGUGGUGGGGCAGAUGCCCGCAUCCACAGCUGGAAGAUUCCGGACCUCAACAUGGACCCCUAUGACGGUUAUGACCCGAGCGUGCUGAGCCAUGUCCUGGAGGGCCAUGGGGAUGCUGUAUGGGGCCUAGCCUUCAGUCCCGCCUCCCAGCGCCUGGCCUCCUGCUCUGCCGAUGGCACCAUCCGUAUCUGGGAUCCCAGCAGCAGCCCAGCCUGCCUCUGUACCUUCCUCACAGCCAGCGAUCAUGGGAUCCCCACCUCAGUGGCCUUUACCAGCACCGAGCCUGCCCACAUUGUGGCCUCCUUCCGCUCUGGCGACACUGUCUUAUAUGACCUGGAGGCUGGCAGUGCCCUCCUCUCGCUGGAAUCCCGGGGGAGCAGCGGCCCAACCCAGAUCAACCAGGUGGUGAGUCACCCAAACCAGCCCCUCACCAUCACUGCCCACGACGACAGAGGCAUCCGCUUCCUGGACAGCCGGACAGGGAAAUCUGUGCACUCCAUGGUUGCCCACCUGGACGCGGUCACCUGCCUUGCCGUGGACCCCAACGGCGUGUUCCUGAUGUCGGGAAGUCACGACUGUUCCCUGCGUCUGUGGAGCCUGGACAAUAAAACAUGUGUGCAGGAGAUCACAGCCCACCGCAAGAAGCAUGAAGAGGCUAUUCACGCUGUCGCGUGCCACCCCAGCAAGGCCCUCAUCGCCAGUGCGGGCGCCGAUGCCCUGGCCAAGGUCUUUGUAUGAUGCCCACCUGGCCCCACCCUGGCCGCUACGCCGGCUGGGGAGUGGGGCCGGGCAGGUGGGACUGAGGUGAGAGGCUGGGCAGGAGGCUUGGUCUGGGAGGGCAGAAACUCCUUGCAUCCUUACCCCUAGUGAGACCUCAGACACAUCUCUUUACCUGGCACUCCUAGAGGGUGCCACGUCCUGGUAGCCGGGGUUACCUUAUGAGAAUCAUCAAGGUAGCUCCUGGGCAUCAAGAGAGGGGGCCGAGGUAGCCUUCCCUCUUGUACCUGGGGUGUCAUGCCCCAGUCUUCCUUCCCUUCUGUCUACUCAGGUGACUCCCAGCCUCAGUCUGGAGGUCCGGAGGCCUGGCUCUUCCCGCCUGCCUGGGAACCUGGUGGUGCUAACGGCCCUUUCCCCAGGAGGCCAUCCCCCAUGGCCGUCCCUUCCCCAAGCAUCCGCCUGGGGAGCAGCCUCCUUCAGGAAUCACCCUCUGGGAUGGCCUUGGGGAGCUUCCUCUCUGUGCCCCGACGCCCAGUCCUGCUUUCUGAGCUGCCUUCUUGGGUGCAGCACAGCCGGGGCUGGGUGUCCUUGGGGAUCAGCUUUUCCAAGACGCCAGAUGGUGCCAGGUUCUCUCUUUGAACCCCCAACCCCCCUUCUCCCAUCUUCCCAAACCUGAGUGGCAGCUGUGCUGGGAGGAGCUCCAGGUGCCCCUGCUCUGUGGUUGACCCCCUGGGAAGCUGUGGAGCCAGCUGGACCCCGGGCUGUCCUCAGGCAGAGUGCCCGGCCUGGCCCACCCCAGAAGCACUCCCACCACCCUCCCCUCCAGUUCCCUCAACACAGCUUUCCAGACACUACCCAGCACCUCCAGGGCCAGUAACCCCCCGGGGAGCAGGUGAUGCCCUCAGGGGAGGUGCCCACCCCUACCUCCCCCACCGCUCUCAGCACUCCUUCCAGGGGCAGCCCCCCAGCCCCCACGGGGUCACCCAUGGGGAGAGAUGCCCCUCGUUUGCCCCUCUCUGGGGCAUGGAGGCUGGAGGGGGUCCCCCACAACUCCCUGUAUAUCUGUAUAAAUAAAUGGGAUGUUAAUGGAGCCCUGCCCCCCCCCCAUGUCGUUAUCACUGUGUGAUAGUCUGUGUCUCCUUUCCUGGUCCUCCACUCUCUUCCUCUAUUUAUUUCACUCUCUUUUUUUGGGUCCCGCCCUGAGUCCUCAGGCCCCCUUCCAGGUUCCUGUUUAUAAGCCCCCUCCCCUCUGCCCUGGACUUGGAUGUGAAACUUGUCUCAAUAAACCCUUUGGAGUAAGA